CCAUAUUUCUAAUCUAAAAACAUACUAUAACCUUUUACUAAUAUUAUCGGCACGAAGUAUUUCUACUAAUAUUACUUGCUCCAAAUAUUUUUKUUGUUUCAUGAGUUGGCAAAAGCAGGCAACACCGAUUACUUURAUUUAUUGAUUUUUCACCAUUUGCACGACGUGUGUCUAAGCAAUCGCCACUUCUGUUAUGUCGGGCGUGGUGGCAWUUUGCUCUACGCCUUGGUUUUUGUUUCCAACCACCCAACCACUCAGCUACCUAGCCAUUCAAACACACAACACACUUGAGUGUUAUCAGACUUGUACACCCGCACAAAUUUAGCGCAGUCAAUCACACAUACAAAUGUAUGUAUAUACAAGCAAUAUUGCAYACAGAUACACAUACACAUUGCAAGAGGUUUUUAGCAAAUGUGGCUCUUUCGCUUUGUAGUCGCACAAGCGAGACCGUAGUGUGUAGAUACAAAAAUUUUUUACCCUGCACAAAGGAUACGCUUUGCAACAAAGAAAUACACAAAAAAUUGCAUAGUGAAAUUGUAGAAGCUUUAUUUUAUUUAAGGAAGCUAUAUAUUAAGUGAAUUUGUGUGAGAAAUAAAGCAAUUGGUAUGCGCGCCCAUUUUGCUGGUGAUGUUGCCAUUGCUGAGGCACCAAAAGAUGCAGCUGACGACAGCAUUGAUAAAAUUGAGGCCGAGGAAGAGCCACUGGACUCACGUAUCGAUGAAUUUAAACAGGACUCCAAGAAUAUGGAAGUCGUCUCAGAGUUCAUCGACGAUGUGCUACAGAAAGCUGAGGUAGAGGCUGAAAAGCAGCAGGAUGCGAAAAGUGACAAAGCUUCGCAACAGCAGCCAAAGGAGAAAACGCGUCAGAGUUUUACUAUACCAGAUUUCAAGAAUGGCAAGAUGGUGAACCGUGCGCGCGGCUUGGUGGUACGCCUAUUCGAUGCUAUCUGCAAUUGCGCCAACACGGCUGCGGGACCGGCGCAACGCAUCAAGUUGCGCGCCAAGCGUGCAGCCUCAGUAGCCACAGCGCCAGCCACGGAGAACGGCACGGAGGGCAACAAAAAACACGAGGUGAACGGCAAGGAGAAGAAGAGCGACAAGAAGCAGAAAGAUGCUGCCAAGGCACCGAAGAGCGAACUUGCCGAUCAAGGUGCGGCCGGGACUGCAGAUACGGCUGAGGAGGAGCCUAAGCAAACGGAAGCUGAUGAGCCAGCUAAACAGCAGCAGGAGCUAACAGCUGAUAAUCAGUAACUUGCGCAAUUGUGCGGUUAAUGCGCGUGAGUAAUGAGAUGAACAUUGCCAAUAAUUUAAUUUCGAUUGCUUUAAGGAGUGAGUUCAGACGUUGCGCAAUAUACGGUGAGCGGUGUAGUCGCAUACUGUGUGGUGGGGGCGUAAUUUAGAAGCGCGCGUUUACUAGACGCGCAUGCCGUUAUUACAACAGAAAGUUGUUACAAAAAAAUAAAAAUAUAUUAAUGAAAAAUUUAUAUAAAAGUCAAUUUCGUAGCAUUUACAUGGGUAUUUAAGAAGCCACAUGUUUAUAGAUACAUCUGUGUAUUUAUAAGAAGCGCAUAUGUACAUAUGUACCAUAACUUUCUUUUUCAAAAGCUCACCACCAAACGUAUACGACGUGCCGCCUCACCCGUACGCUAUCUUCAACAACUCACGCCUCUAUAAUCUACAUGUAAUUGCCGUAUUUGCUAAGCAUAAGCACAUAAGAGAAGAAGCGUACAUAACCAAAAAUAAUAUAGAACCACUCAAAGGUUUUCCAAACUCAAGUGCAGCUCAAACGUUGCAUUUAAUUUGCACAACUACAUAAAUAAACGAUAAAAAACGCUUAACAACCAUUAAAAACUUAUUAAUAAUAAUAAAUCUCAUUCGAUGUCAUUCAAAUCACACAACUACAUAUAUAAAACACUUAUUUAUAACCAUGCCCAUAUUUCAACUGUCUAUUGACAAACCUACCACCGCUCAAAAGAGACUUUUUUCUCCAGACUCUAUAUACAAGUAUUAGUAAUCAAGUAGUUAUUGAAUUGGCUGAGUAACGGUUGUUUCCGAAUAAAAAAGAAAGACUUAGAAGUGAGCUAACUAAAAUAAUAGUCGUAACGCUUGCAAGUUAUCCAAAAGUUUAUAUUACAAUACUAGAAAAAUKGUUGUUCCAAUUCAAAAAGCUCAAAAUAAACUUUUUACCGGACAUUAGCAACCUUUUUUUGGAGGUUUGAAAAGCGAGUGCAAGUUUUUUCAUCUUGCAUUUUCAAAUAAUAAUUCUUUCACAAGCUUGGUUUUUGAGUAAAAGAGGCGGAGAGAGUGGGAGUUAUUAUAGCUGAAAAACUCAAUUAAAAAUAGUUAAGAUGCGAUAAGGUAAGAUCAUUAGAAACUUUUUGAAGUUUGGAACAGUUUUUUGUUUGAAAAUAUAAAACACGAUGAAAUAGGUCUUAACUAUUUUUCAUUGAGUAUAGUAUAGCUGUAUUGCCACAGCUUCUUUUUCCUUAAGAUCAAUAAAGAAUUUUUGGAGGUUUGAAAAGCUGAGAACUUUCUUCAAAAAUAAAAGCUUUGUCAAUAUAGCUGUAAAAUCUCCAAAAAAGCUCAAAUAAUUUAAAAGGGCGAUGAAGUAAGAUUAUGAAAUAUCUUUUAAAGGUGUGAAAAAGCUUUUUCUACUAUCUAGGUUACUAUCUAGGUUUCAAAAUCUCUUUUGGUAAAAAAAAAACUGUUUACAUAUAACAAAUAUAUAACUGUAUAGAUUUCGAAACAAACAGCCAUAUCAACAACUACUACCAACAAAUAUCCACCUAUUACAAAAAUUUUUAUAUCCAACGGUUUAUUAACCUACUUACAUCUAUCUAAUGAGGGAAUUAAACGAGCACACAAUCAAUGUAUUUUCUAUUUAAUAAACUUCUUAUACAUACAUACAUACAUAUUUACAUAGAUGUAUAUGUAUAAUCCCAAUAAUAUACUAGUUAAGUGAUAAUUACUAUUUAAUUACAUACAAUUAGCAGAUAAAUCGGUGUAAAUGUUGUAUGUAGUUAUCAUAUAACACUUGAUGUGACUUUGUGUGUGUGUAUGUAAUAUUGAUAAUACAACUAGUUAGAUUUGGGCAUUCAUAUGAAACUAAGAACAUACAUAUAUGAUAUAUACAUAUGAUUUUGUAUGUAUUCGAACAUAACCUAAAUUACAAAAAUGCGUCUAAUAAAACCCAAAUGUGUACUGAUUUUGUGAAAGCCACUUAGUUUAUGCGAUUAAUUUUAUUUUUGCACCAGCUACACCAAAAUGAGCCACUGUACUUUUAGAGUUGGCACACGCACAUACAAAUAUAUAUAUAUGUACAGGUUAUAAAAAGAAGAAGAAGCAACUGCAUACAUUUUCACUUUAGGAACAGUAGUCUGAGUAAAUGUAAUCCAAAAUUUACACUGAAAAAAACUGGUAAAAAAUUUUAAAUAAAAGAAAAAAACAAAGAAGAAUUUUGUGAGAGACU